UCCAUCCUCCUAUGCAUUAUUUGACAACCGGCGCGGAAGCAAGAACGGGAGCAAAUAAGAAAAAAAGCUGAGCAGGAAAAAAACUUUUGCAAAAAAAAAAAAUAAAAAAGUAAAGAAGUUAAGUGAAGUGAAGAUGAAUUUGCCCCCAACUGCUGGUACUUCACGUGGACGAGGACGAGGUAACAAGAACAAGGAUGAGGCCAACCGCGGUAUUGCUAUGCUUGGUGAUCAAGGGUCGGAUCAUUCGUCGCAGACAUCUCGUAGUGAAGCAGCUAGAGAUUUGCCGAGAGAUCGGCAGACUCAGAGGGCUGCGGAAACUAUUCAGUCUGGCGAAAUGAAGAAAAUUUCGGAUUUGGCAAGGGCUAAGGAAAAUCUGAAAUCUAUGGAGACGCUGAGAUCUGCAGGAGGGUCUGGUGAAACUGAGCCACCUACUUCCGAAGGUGAUCCCCGUGGCUCCGUCCGUGGUCGUCGUGUGAUCACCGAUGUGGUUCCCUCUCGUCCUCCUGGAUGUGCUUCCAAAAAUGGUAGCUCUGGAACCAAAGUAACGGUUCAGACCAACUACUAUAGGGUGAUGAAGCGCCCAAGCUGGACUAUAUACCAGUAUCGCGUUGAUUUUGUUCCUGAGGUGGACAAUACUCGCCUUCGUCGUGCCUAUAUGAACGAGCAUAAACAACUUUUUGGUGGCUACAUCUUUGAUGGAACUAUUCUAUUCUGCUGCAACCAAUUUAAACAGCUGCCGAAUAGUAACUAUGUUCAGGAGCUUGUUACCAAGAAUCGAGCUGGCGAAUAUAUCGAAAUUAAGAUAAAGCAUGUCGGUUCUGUGGAGGCUGCCGACAACCAGCAGUUUCAAGUGCUUAAUCUUAUUUUGCGUAGAGCCAUGGAAGGUUUAAACUUGCAGUUGGUGGCUCGUAAUUUCUUCGAUCCUCAAGCAAAGAUAAACCUAGAAAACUAUCGUAUGGAACUCUGGCCAGGAUAUCAGACGUCGAUUCGUCAGCAUGAGAAUGAUAUCUUGCUUUGCGCUGAGAUUGCUCACAAGGUGAUGCGUACUGAUACCUUGUACAACAUUUUGUCCGAAAAUAUUCGAGAUAGUGACGAUUAUCAAAAUGCUUUCAAGCGUAAUGUUAUGGGUAUGGUGGUGUUGACGGACUACAAUAACAAGACUUACCGUGUGGACGAUGUUGACUUUUCAUCCUCGCCUUUGUCCAAAUUCGAAACCAAGGAGGGCAAAAUUUCUUACGUAGAAUAUUAUAAAAAGCGUUAUAAUAUUAUUAUUCGAGACUACAAGCAACCGCUUAUUGUGUCUCGUCCCACUGAGAAGAACAUUCGUAGCGGCCUAGAUCAGUUAAUUAUGCUGAUUCCCGAGCUGGCUCGGGCUACUGGAAUGACUGAUGCCAUGCGUGCCAAUUUUCGUUUGAUGAAGGCAAUGAGCGAACAUACCCGCUUGACUCCUGAUCGCCGUAUUGAGCGCCUGCGUGCGUUCAACCAGCGCUUGAAGCAAUCCAAGGAGAGCACGGAAGUUAUGCGCUCUUGGAACAUUGAGCUCGACUCUGCCUUGGUGGAGAUUCCGGCUCGAAUUCUUCCCCCAGAGCGUAUUGUUUUCGGUGAUGUAAAGAGAUACUUGUGCGAUUCUCGUGCCGAUUGGACUGGUGAGUUCCGUCAAUCUUCGAUGUUCAGCCAUGUGGACAUCAAGAGGUGGUACGUGAUCACACCACGUCGUAAUUCGCGCGAGACUCAGGAGUUUGUGAAGAUGUGCAUCCGCUCAGCCAGCGGCAUGAAAAUGCGCAUCGCCGAGCCACGAUAUGAGGAAAUCGCCGACGAUCGCAACAGCAACUAUUCUCAAGCCAUUGACAAUGCCGUGGCCAAGGAUCCGCAAAUUGUAAUGCUCGUUCUCAAGGCCCCCAACGAGGAGAAGUACUCUUGCAUCAAGAAACGCACCUGCGUUGAUCGCCCGGUGCCAUCUCAAGUGGUGACAUUGAAAACCAUUGCUCCGCGCCAGGAGAAAGCAGCUGGCUUGAUGUCUAUUGCCACCAAAGUGGUAAUCCAGAUGAAUGCCAAGCUAAUGGGCGCUCCUUGGAUGAUUGAGCUUCCGGUUCGGGGCUUAAUGACCGUUGGCUUCGAUGUGUGCCACUCGUCAAAGAACAAGAACAAGUCGUACGGAGCUCUGGUGGCCACUAUGGACAUGAAGACCUCCACUCGCUACUUCUCGUCUGUGACCGAGCACAUGAAGGGUCAAGAGUUGUCCGAUCAGAUGGCUAUGAACAUGACAUACGCUCUUAAGGCCUAUCGUGAGCACCACGGUUCAUUGCCCGAGCGUAUCCUGUUCUUCCGCGAUGGUGUCGGUGAUGGACAGUUGUACCAGGUGGUGAAUACCGAGGUGAAGUUUUUGAAGGCAAAACUGGACGAAAUUUACAAGUCGGCUGGUAAGGAGGAUGGCUGCCGCAUGGCCUUUAUCGUUGUGGCCAAGCGCAUCAACACUCGCUACUUCAUGAACAAGCGGAAUCCUGUACCAGGAACGGUCGUUGACGACGUCAUUACGCUGCCGGAGCGCUAUGACUUCUUUUUGGUGUCGCAGGCCGUUCGUCAGGGAACUGUGUCGCCCACCAACUACAACGUCAUUCAGGACAACAUGGGUCUGAGUGCCGACAAGUUGCAGAUGCUGGCCUACAAGAUGACUCACAUGUACUACAAUUACUCUGGAACCUGCCGUGUUCCAUCGGUGUGCCAGUACGCCCAUAAGCUAGCGUUCCUUGUUGCCGAGAGCAUCAAUCGCUCGCCGUCGUCUGGACUGGAGAACCAGCUAUACUUUUUGUAAUCCUUAACAUUUUGCCUUUGGAAAGGCAACUAAACAUUUAUCAUUCCAUUCUACUUUUAUAACUAAUCACGAUGAGCGUACUCGUACGACACAUAUCAGACAGAACUGAUUAUUUUUUUUACGUUUUUAUAUUGAUUUUGAGAUAAAGGACAUUUUUUAGAAACAUAAAGUGUGACCUUUGAUUUUGAUAACGACGAAUAAAAUGAGUUUUUUGAUUUGUAAA